AUGGCUAUGAAUAAGAAACAGCAGCAGCACAACUACAAUCAUAACCGCCGGAUGAGGAGGAUGAAGAAGAUGAUGGUUGUAGCUGCUUCUAAAAUGUUUCUACAUCUGACCAACGUCGUGCCCACUUUUAACUUGGCUUGCUUCAUCAAGAUUCUGUCACAUUUCUACAGUACCAACCUUGAUGCUGACGACAAUGAUGAUGAUGAUGAUGGCAUUGACGAAGAUGAUAAUGAUGAUGAUAACGACACCAAAGUUAACAAAAAUAAUAACAGCAACUACAAUAAUAAUAAUAAUAAUAAUAAUGAUGAUAAUAAUAAUAAUAAUAAUAAUAAUAAUAAUAAUGUUAAAGUACCUGUCAGGGAUCUGAAAAUUGUUCAGCAUGCAAUGACAACAACUGCAAUGAAGUUGUUGUUUUGGUCUUUAUAUUACAUUGACAUAACGUCAAUGUACCCGUGUGUGGUUGUCCAUAACGACAACAACAACAUAUUGAGUAACAACAACAAUAUGUUAAACUUCAAAGAGUCAGCAUUCGCGAGGCAUGUGCAGGCCAUUGGCAGUCUGUUCUGCAAGAAUAUUCUCGUAACAGUCACAUUCAUCAACUUAAUUGAAAAGAUCCUGAACAAGAAUUUAUUGAAGGAUGAUCAAAUAUUGAGAGAAGUGAAGGAGAAGAUAAAAGACAUAAAUGAUGGAAAGAUAGAGCCAGUAAAUGACACGAACGAGUAUAACCUCCACGCCAUAUUUAACAGGCUUUUUGCUUCAGCUAUAUAA